UUACUCUCUUCGCUCGUUCCCCAAAUCUGAUAUUUGCCAUCCCGAUCAUUGUCAUUUUUGAAUUCCUUCGUUUGGUCUUCGAAUCAUUUCGUUUUCGUCUACUUUUCUUUUUCAGAUAUUGAUUGAUCCGGAUUUUAUCGAACUCCGUUCCGGAAAAUCGAUUUUAGGGUUAGGGCUUCGUACACAAUUUAAAUAUUUUCUUGAUUUCAAAAAGGUACGUACAUUCAGAAUUCAAAUCUUAGGAAUUGGGGAUCUUUAUUGCGAAUUUUGGUAAUUUUCUUGACUGACUUGUUCGCGCGCACAUCGUAAGUUUGGGAAAAUGAUUCUGGAGGGAACAAUGGCACACAAACGUCCUUUUGGUGGUGAGAAUUCUCAUGAGGUUGCUUGUAAGCAACCGAGACAGUCGGAGCCCAUUAACGGUCUGGCUUCAGUUUUUGAUAUUUUUCCUUGUAAUGAUGCUUCCCUUAAGGUUCAAACUUCAGUUGAGGACAGCCCUAGCAAAUAUCAUGAAAGGCGUGUUGCAAGUGACUCAGCUGGAGAAAUCUUGAAUGGGGCUAACAAGGAAUUUGAAACUGAUGCUUCUGGCAGCUUUUCUAGUUUCUUAUGGGUGGAUGGCAGUAUUUUUGAUGAAGAUGCUAAGUCGGAGGCUGCAGCUUAUUCAUCUCUUUUUCCUGAAUAUUUUGAAUGUGACCCCCGAGUGAAGGCCUUGGUUCAGCCUGAUGGAUUCUACUGUCUAUCUUUUACGGAUUAUCCUCCUCGGAAGCUGGUUUCUGUUGGACCUGAUCAUCAGGCAUAUGUCCCAGAAUGGGGCCAACAGAAUUUCCAAAAUUCGUCAGAACCUUCAGAUAGGUCUGAUCCAUGCUUUGCAUUUUCAGAAACUUCAGGUUUAACUGUCAUGGAUGAUGAUGGCAAUGCAGAAAAGCUGAUAGGUACUUGCGUCCUUCCAAUGCCUUAUCCAGAGUCAACUGCAGAGAGUUGCUGUGGAGGUGAGGGUGAGGGAUUGAGAAGUGAGUGUGGCUGCCUUGAUCGGGGUUCUGUUAGAUGUGUGAGGCAACAUGUCGGCACAGUGAGGGACAGACUGAAGGAAAAACUUGGGCAGAAGAUAUUUGAGGAGUUGGGCUUCUGUGAUAUGGGAGAAGAGGUUGCAAAGAAAUGGAGUGAAAAAGAAGAACAAGCUUUCAAUGAUGUUGUCCUCUCUAACCCUGCUUCAUUGGGUAAGAAUUUUUGGGACCAUCUCUCUGUGGUUUUCCCAUCCCGAACAAAGAAGGAUCUUGUCAGCUAUUAUUUCAAUGUUUUUAUGCUACGAAAGCGUGCUGAGCAGAGCAGGUUUGACCCACUGAACAUUGACAGUGACAAUGAUGAGUGGCAAAGGAGUGAAUUUGGAUCUACAGAGGAAGAUGAUGACUCUGGUGGGGAAUCUCAGAUUGAACAAGUUGCUCCCAUUUCUGACCCAGAAGACCAUAAAGAGAAUUGCCUUGGAGACGCUGAGGAGAAGUGGAUAAAUGAGAGUGAAGUGGCGAAUUGUAGAGAUAUACAUGGCAAACAGGGUGAGAGAUAUGUAGAAGAUCCUAAAGAAAUACAAGUUGGGGAUUCUCAUGGUGAUUGUGGUUUCUAUUCUGACUUGAAGCUUCUGGAUAUUGUUCCUAGCAAGAACAGUAUGGGGUGUGAUAUUCAUGAUGACCUUAGCAACUGCUGUGAGGAUUAGCAUUGAAGGACUGAUUCCUGUGUUGCAGUUUUGGGGACUGAUGCGAGAGAAUCCAGUUGUGAAUAAACACAAACAUAAUUGUGGGAUUACCCUUUUUUUUUUUAUAGGUUCUAGGACAGCAGCAGUGGGUGAUUUUGUUUAGAGCCUUGCAAUGUUGCUGAAUAGAUGUAAAGGAUGACAAAGAGUUUUGGAGAUCGGGUGUCUCUGAUUGCUAAAUAUUUUCUCAACCUUUGGCAGAUUUUCUGUCUGAGGGUUUCAAGGGUUGGACAAAAGAGAGACAGAGAGAAAAAGAAGAGAGGAAAAAAAGAAAAAAAAUGAAACUAAUGAUACUGCGGCAAGGAAGCUAAUUUUCCUUGUAGGGAUUAUUGUCUGGUGAAAGCCUGGAAAGCAUGGCUUCGCUGUGAACUAGCUGAACAGCAUAUUUAGGAAGGAGGUUGUGUUGGUGGAUGUGUCAAUGAGGAGAGCUCUCAUGGAAUGCGUCAUACUUUGGAUUUCAAGUGGGGGGGGGUGUGUUGCAGCGGUACUGGCGACACUUUGGAGCAAGCAAUGCUCACAUCCUGUUAUUCCUUGAUGCCUAUUUCUCCUGGAAAUGACUUAUUUUACUAGGAGGACUAGCAUCCGGAUGAAUGCCUCUUUUCAAAGUCGGAAGUUUAAUCCGAGUGUUUUGCUUUGUUAUUUUUUUAUUGGUUUAUUUAUUUAUUCAGUUACUUUGUAUGGUUCAGUUUUGCUUGUGUUGGCCGUGUACUAAUUUUAAGUAGGGAAAAAUAAUUUUGCGAGCAGUUGUCUUGCAAUGCAGAGAAUGUACAGUCGUUACAUGGGAAAAAGAUAAAAGAUGUUCUCUCUC